AUGCCUCGCGAUCCACUCAUCGCACUCGUUGGCAAGCCGUCGUCUGGCAAGAGUACCACCUUGAACAGUCUGACGGAUGCCACGUCCAAAGUAGGCAACUUCCCAUUCACUACCAUCGACCCCAACCGAGCCGUAGGAUAUCUUCAGAUCCCAUGCGCAUGCUCAAGACCCGGAGUCCCCAAUGUUGGCGACAAACCCCUCUCCGAGAGGUGUAAACCGAACUAUGGCGUGUGUAACAAUGGCACCCGCUCUGUGCCCAUCGAACUGCUGGAUGUAGCUGGUCUGGUGCCUGGCGCGCAUAUGGGCAAAGGUCUCGGGAACCGCUUCUUGGAUGAUUUGAGACACGCCGACGCGCUGAUUCACGUCGUCGAUGUCAGUGGAACAACCGACGCUGAGGGCAAAGCAACAAGAGGCUAUGACCCCAGUGUCGACAUUGAGUGGUUACGCUCCGAGAUUGUUCGCUGGAUUCAAGGCAACCUCAUGGAAAAAUGGGGAUCUGUCAAGAGAAGACAUACGGCGAUCAAAGGAAACGCAGUCGACACGCUACAAGGCCAAUUCUCGGGUUACGGGUCCACGAAACAAAUUAUUGCGCGGACUCUGGACAAGCUGGAGCUGAAAGAGCCUUUGGAACACUGGAGCGAUGAGACGGUCGAGAAGGUGGUCAACGCCUUCGUUGAUGAAAAGUUUCCUACGGUUAUUGCGCUGAACAAAAUCGACCACCCCGAUUCCGAUAAGAACGUCGCAAAGAUUGCAAAACUCAACGACCCCAACACACUCGUCCUCUGUUCGGCCAUCAGCGAGGUCUUCUUGCGUCGCUUGGCUAAGCAAGGCUUCGUAAAGUAUACAGAAGGCAGCGAGUUCGUGGAUACGAAAGAAGAUCUGAUCGAGAACGGUGAGCCUGAUGGCGGCGGCUUAAAAGAGCUGGAUGAAAAACUGCAAGGCCGCAUUGAGAACUUGCGCGACCUGGUGCUCUACAGAUUUGGUAGCACUGGGGUGAAUCAAGUGCUCACGCGUGCAGCAGAGCUCUUGGGACUCACGCCUGUCUUCCCUGUCAGGAACAUUGCGACAUUCUCGUCUGGCGACGGCCGUGAAGGCGGUGUAUUCAGAGACUGCGUGUUGGUCAAGAAAAACUCGACAGUGGGAGAUGUGUAUCGUAAGAUCAUGGGUGAUGCGCCAUUAGCCUAUGUGGAAACAGUAGGAGGACAGAGAGUCGCUGAAGACGACCCUGUAUCGGUGGGCAAGAACGACAUAUUGUCGUUCAAGGUCGGAAGAGGUUGA